AAUUGAACUAAUUCGCUACUACUUUUAAUUUUCUUGGCUUAGCUAAUUAAUUUGGUUAUCAGUAAGGGUUUGUGUCUUCUACAAUUUCUUCCGUGAAAUUUGCAGGAAAUACGCAUCGCAUCCCUCUAGUUAUAAAUAACUAGACUUGUGAUUGGCUGCUACUUUUAAUUUGGGUAUGGACAUCCUUUUCUUCAAUUCCAUCUGCUAAACUCGUAGGCAUCUUCCAAGAAAUUUCCAACUAUAAUUUGGACAAGUUCUCUCAUCUUCUGCUUAGCCGGCUACAAUUUUUAUCAUCUAACAGAAUUAGCCUUACAAUUGAAUUGAUUUGCUGCUACGUCUAAUCUCUUGGCCUAACUGAUUUGGUUAUCAUUAUCAAUUUUCUGCAAUUUCUUUGGUGAAGCUGAUUUGGUUAUCCGCAUUUAGAUCCCCUAUGACCCAUUAAGAGUAAACAGAUAGUUGAACUGUCAAAAUUAACUUUCCAGAAUUUUUGGUUCGAAGCUAGAAAUAUUGCUUCGAACCAUUUUCGGAAAACAAAAGUCCGAGAUUGAUUCGAACCAAAAUAAAUUGGUUCGAACCCAGAACUCUGAACAAGGAGGAACAUGAAUUAAUUCUAAUCGUGGGGAAAGAUUAGAAACCUUGGAUUAAUUUUCCUGCACACUUAACACAAAAAUAGAUUAAAUACUUUUGAAUCAUGAAAAGCUAUUUAUCCAAUGGAGGUCUUAUCUUUUGUUGGAGGUUCUCUUUUAUCUGCUACAUUUGACUUGCUACUCAAAAAAUUGAAUGGAUAUCUAACUGAUCAACUACGGAAUUCAAAAGAGGAAGUACGUGCUCAAAUGGAGAGUUGGAAGACUCUUUUGCCCAAAAUCAUUAUUGUAAUUCAACAUGCAGAAGAAAAUCAAGUUGCCAACCAGUUCGUGAAGUCAUGUCUUGAUGAUCUAAGGAACUUGGCUUAUGAUAUGGAGGACUUACUUGAAGAGUUUGUGAUUGAUGCCAAGAGGUUCAAGUUGAUUACAAAAUCUAAAGCCAGCAUUAACAAGGGGCAAAAAGUCAAAUCUAGUCUCAAGAAUUUAUUUAGAUUUAAGGCCAAGCCUAAUCAAGAGAUCAAUUCCAUGGUGAAUCAUCUGAAUGUUAGAUUACAACAUUUUGAAAAGGAGAUGCAUACUUUUGGCCUCAUCAAUCUGACUAUGAAAGCAGAAGAUAAGUCUUGCAAAGUAGCUGCAGAAAGACUACCUGAGUCUUCUCUUCUUGAAGAUAAGGUGAUAGGUCGAGAUGGUGACAAAGAUGCUAUUCUUCAGAGGUUGCUAAAAGAUGGAGGUAAUCCCGAACAAGACUUUGUUAUUCCCAUUGUCGGAAUGGGUGGACUAGGCAAGACAACUCUUUCUCGGCACAUCUACAAUGAUAAAAACCUAGAAGGCAGGUUUUUGCUUGUGUUGGAUGAUGUUUGGAAUGAGAAAUAUGGCCCAUGGGAUGUCUUGAAGAGACCUUUCAUGUCAGGAGCUCUUGGAAGUAAAAUAAUUGUCACAACUCGAAAUAAGAAUGUUGGGAUGAUCAUGAGAGGAGAUGAUAGAGUUUACAAUUUAGAAUUGCUACAAGAUGCUGCUUGUUUGCCUUUAUUUACACAACAUGCACUUGGGAAAGAGAACUUUGAUGCACACCCAUACCUACAAGAUGUAGGUGAGAAGCUUAUUAAGAGGUGUAAAAGAUUGCCAUUAGCACUAAAAACAGUUGGUGGUGUCUUGCGGGGAAAGCUGCAUCGUGAUGAGUGGGAAAAUGUAUUAAAUAGUGACAUAUGGAGUUCAUCUGAAGAUAGAAGUGAAAUUCUUCCUGCUUUGAGAUUGAGCUACAAUCAUCUUCCUUCUCACUUGAAGCGAUGCUUUGCUUAUUGUGCUUUGUUCCCGAAAGACUAUGAAUUUGACAAAAUGGAGUUGGUUCUGUUAUGGAUGGCUGAGGGCCUAUUACAGCAACAGUCACAUGAAAAGAAGCAAAUGGAAGAGGACAUUGGUCAUCAAUAUUUUGAUGAGUUGUUCUUAAGAUCACUCUUUCAACGGUCAAGUGGAGAUGAAUCACGGUUUGUGAUGCAUGACCUUAUAAAUGAUUUAGCUCUAGAUGUUGCUGGAAAAAUAUAUUGCAAUCUUGAACGUAGCAUGGGUGAUGAAAAAUUAGAGAAAGCUCGUCAUUUGUCAUUCACUCCACACAAGUAUGAAAUCUUAGAGAGAUUCACAGUCUUGGAUAAAUUGAAGCAUUUGAGAACAUUCUUGCCACUAAAAGCACUCAACAAGCACAUUCAGUUCUAUUUGUCUAAAAGAAUCUUGCAUGAGUUCCUACCAACAUUAAAUCGCUUAAGAGUGCUAUCUCUUCACCAUUAUCAGAUAAGCGAGCUACCAGAAUCUUUUCAAAAUUUGAAACAUAUUCGUAAGUUGCCUAUAACAAUUGGGAAUCUAAUUGAUCUCCAUCAUCUUGAUAUCACUGAUACAUAUUCUUUAAAAGAGAUGCCAUCAGGAAUAGGCAAUCUUAAAAAUCUUGUAACAUUGUCCAAAUUUAUUGUGGGGAAGGCAAUUGGAAUGAUGACAAGAUUAUCAGAUUUGAAGAACUUGUCACAACUUCGAGGAAGACUAUCUAUUCUAGAUUUGCAGAAUGUUUUGGAUGUUCAAGAAGCUAGGGAGGCCAACCUAGACAAGAUCCAUGGUUUGGAAGAGUUAGACUUGGAGUGGCUUGCUCUUGAUAAUGAUCGAGAUGAAUCAAUCCUUGAAAUGCAGGUCCUCAGCUGGUUAAAUCCUCAUUCAAAUUUGAAAAGUCUCAAAAUUUCUUGCUAUGGUGGUGAGAAUUUCCCUCCCUGGGUUUGUGAUCCAUCAUUAUUUUUCAAUUUAUCAUCCAUGAAGCUCAGCCGUUGUGAGAGAUGCACUUUGUUACCAUCAAUUGGCCUACUACCUGUUCUAAAAGAAUUGAUUAUUGAAGGCAUGGAUUCAAUAGAAGCUAUAAGUUUUGAGUUUUAUGGGCAGCAUGGCUCUUUUCCAUCACUGGCUGAACUGGUGUUUAGAAGAAUGCCAAAUUGGAAGGAAUGGACUUCUCCAACCAAAAGUGCAGGUGAAUUCCCUUGUCUUCAUAAGCUUGUGAUUGAAAAUUGUCCUAAGUUGUUAGGACAAUUACCCAGCAACCUUUCUUCACUUAAAGAGUUAGAUGUUAGAAGAUGCAAUGGGAAGCUUUUGAAGAGUAUGGGAGAUGUCCCCUCUCUUACUUAUUUGAGAAUUGAGCAAAUUUCAGAACUGACUUGCUUGCCUAUGAGCAUGAGUCUUCCAUCAUUGAAAGAGUUGUCUAUUAGAGACUGCAACGGGGUGCUUUUGAAGAGCAUGGUUGAUCUCACUUCCCUCACUAACUUGGAAAUUGAGCAAAUUUCAGAAUUGACUUGCUUGCCUGAGAGUUUUACACAGUCUUUGACAGCACUUGAGACUUUGGAUAUUACAUAUUGCAAUGAUCUUACUUGUUUGUGGGAGGAUGGGACAGAAAUAGAACAAAGCCUCUUGCCUUUCAAUCUUAAACAUCUUAGCCUUAGGUACUGUGAAGCUUUGGAGUCAUUACCCGAUGCAAUGAUGAUGAGGAUGGAUGGAAGUAGUAGCAGCAACACUAGUAUGUUGAUGUCGAGACUAGAAAGGUUGGAAAUUUGUGAUUGUGAUUCUCUCAAGUCGUUUCCAAGGGGCAAAUUACCCACCUCGCUUAAAUACUUGAUAAUAGAAAAGUGUGAAGGUCUUGAGUCUCUACCGGAUGUUGAUGGUGACUAUAAUAGUAGCAAUCUACAUUUGGAAAUAAUGAAUAUUCCAUCUUCGCAUUCUUCUCAAGGUAGUUGUCUUCAAGUACCAGCUUUUCUCAAGAAAUCUAGGAUUUGUGAUGGUGGCGAGUGGUUAGAAUCAUUUCCAGAGAGGAUGCUGCAACAUUGUAGGAGAAUCCAAUCCAUUGAAAUUGAAUGCUGUAAAAUAUUGAAAAGUUUACCCAGCCUUAAUUGCAUCAGCAGUCUAGUUAAAUUAUAUAUUUACAGUUGUAAAACCUUAGAGUCCUUACCAGAAGAGUUGGGGUUAUGCACCCCCAAUCUGAAGAUUUUGGAAAUACGAUGGUGUAAGAAUUUCAAAUCCCUCCCAAAUACAAUGUAUCAGCUGAAAUCUUUUCGAAGACUAACAAUGUUACUUUGCCCCGCCAUCGAGUUCAUUCUAGAUGGAGGUUUACCCCCAAACUUAACAAAGCUUCAAUUAGAGGAGUGUAAGAAUCUCAAGCGUCUGCCGAAUACAAUGUUCCAGCUCACAUCGCUUCAGAGACUAAGAAUCCCAGGUGGGGCUUUGACAAUGGGCCUCCAAAAUCUUACGUCUCUUCUAUGCUUGACAAUUGAGCAAAAAUUACCUCUGGAUAUUGUGCUGCCUUGUUCUUUAAUCUCUCUUGAGAUAAAGAAUGAAGAAAAUUUGGAAUCCAUACCUAGUUGGCUCUUCCAAAACCUAAGCUCCCUUAAACACUUAUGGAUCACUGACUGCCAGAAUCUCCAAUCUUUGCCAGGGGAAGCCUUCCCUCCUUCGCUUGGACUACUAUACAUCAACAGGUGUCCACAUCUAAAACGACAGCGCUUUGAGGCGAAAGGAGACUGUUGGACUCUCACUUGGAGCAUCCCCUGCAUUAGGAUAUGUGAGGAUGAGAAUGACUGGAUGAGCGAGCUAGCUACAAUUAAUUGUUGAUGAGAUUAUUUGAAAGGGGAUGAGUGGUUGCACGAAUGAGCUUGCAAGUUG